CGUAGAGAGAGAGAGAGAAUGAGGAGAGCGAAAUAAAAGUUCAAUAAACAGCUACGCUGAGCUGACAUCCAGUCCAUGAAGAUAGUUGUGUUUUUUCCUUUCCGAAGCUCUCCACUUACGCAUUCGACGUCUCCCUUCGCAAUCUACAACUCUUUCGUCUUCAGCUGGUCAUCUUGUUUGGAUCCAUUCUCUGGAUUGAUCUUCCUGCUCAACGCCAAAGAGGAAUAAAGAUCAGAAGAACGGUCAUGGAUCCGUGCCCGUUUGUUCGAGUCAUCGUCGAGGGGCUCGCUCUAAAACUACCAGUCGCCAGCAAGCACGCCGGGUCUGGAGUACACCCUUCCACCACCCCAUGCUUCUGCAAACUCCGUCUAAAGAACUUCCCAUCCCAAACUGCCCUCCUCCCGCUAUCGUCCGCAUCCGCCGACUUACCACCAGACACCACCACCUCCGCCGCCGGGUUCCACCUCGAUCCCUUCGUCCUCCGACGUCUCUCCAGCAAGCCCACCACCCUCCACGUCUCUGUCUACACAGGCAGCAUGGGUCGCACUUGUGGUAUCAGCUCCGAGAAGUUGCUGGGCCGGGUUCGCGUGGUCCUCAACCUCCAAGGCUCUGAGUUUCGCGCUUCUCUGUACCAGAACGGGUGGAUGAAACUGGGGAAAGAACCCGGUAAGCCAUCGGCUCGGUUGCACCUUGUGGUUCGUUCAGAACCGGAUCCAAGGUUCGUGUUUCAGUUUGGAGGCGAGCCGGAGUGCAGCCCCGUAGUUUUCCAGAUCCAGGGGAACAUAAGGCAACCGGUCUUCAGCUGCAAGUUUAGCGCUGACCGGAAUUCGAGAUCACGGUCUCUGCAACUAGAUUCAAACAUGAAGAGUAGGGGAUGGAUGAAUUCGUUUGCAAGCGACAGAGACCGGCCAGGUAGAGAGAGAAAAGGGUGGAUGAUAAUGAUUUAUGAUCUUUCUGGUUCCCCUGUGGCCGCGGCAUCCAUGAUAACACCAUUUGUCCCCUCCCCUGGCUCCGAUCGAGUGUCGCGCUCUAACCCCGGCGCUUGGCUCAUCCUCCGCCCUCAGGGGUUUUCUGUCAGCAGCUGGAAGCCAUGGGGGCGCCUGGAGGCCUGGCGAGAGAGAGGGCCCAUCGAUGGCCUCGGCUACAAGUUUGAACUGGUGACGGACACUGGAACUAAUAGUGGGAUUUCUAUUGCUGAAGCUACCAUGAGUAUCCGAAAGGGUGGCCAAUUCUGCAUCGAUACUAGCCUGGUGGGAGAUACUGCAUCAAGCUCGUGGUCAUCACGUAGAGGAUUCAUAAUGGGUUCCACGGUGGAGGGUGAAGGGAAGGUCAGUAAACCGGUGGUUCAGGUCGGUGUGCAGCAUGUCACAUCCACAGCCGAUGCUGCUCUUUUCAUCGCGCUUUCUGCUGCCAUCGACCUUAGCAUGGAUGCCUGCAGACUAUUUUCACAUAAGUUGAGGAAAGAGCUUUGCCACGACCAGCAAGACUAUAUCUCUUAGAAUUUUGAAUUUUCAUCAGGAGCUUAAUUAAACCCCUUGCAAAUUCACUCUUCCGGUACAAUGAUAAUCGGUUUGUUCUUUCUCUUCGGAGUUAAAGAACAAUUAAUUGAUUUGAUGUGGGAGAGAUUUGUGGUUUUUCCUUCUCUUUGAUCAGUUCUUUACUCCUGCAGAUUUUUUCACACUUCUUUUUACAUUGAAUGGUGGUCUCUGGUUUGCUUUGUGGGGCUCUCUUUAAUUGAUUAUUUGUAAUUGGGUUCUCCAAAAUCACCUUUUUUUUUUUUUGUAAUUUUGCUUUUAUUCUUUGGUUUACUUUGAGUUCUGCCGACAUCUGAGGACAGGUGAGGUCUUUCUUCUUAGAAGAUUGUUCAUAUUUAUAAAUCCAUACAGAUUGGAAGUGGAAACUGUACAGACAGAAAGGAGAGAAUUAUUUGUUCAUAUUUAUCUAUUACAUUCCUGUAUCAUUAAUAGUUCAAGAUUUGCAUUUUUUUUU